AAGCUUUUUUCUAGGCCAGAGGUACCAAUUUACACGCCGUGGUAUCUUUGAAUCAAAAUAGUUGAAGUUGUUAGUUUGUUUGCCGAUAUCGAACUAAUUUGAUCUCUUGUAAAAUCUCCUCCGCUAUUUAUUUUGCGGGGCAAACUAUUUGUUUGUAAAUUGAUAAAUAAGAACAUCAAAUGAUGUGUCCGUUGGCAAGGAUUAAAACAUUGAACCAUUGAACCGAACCUAUGGUAUAAAAAGAGAACGCCAAAUAGCUUGAAUACAGCUAACAGCUAACAAUGGCAUCGAAUUCCCUACUUACUUUGGCUGUUUCUUUCACAGUAAUUCUCUUUGCGUUUUGUGUCGAAGUGGACGAUACUCUGCGCUGGAAACAAUGUGCAGUCACGAAUCAAAGUGUAUUCGAUUUUCAAAUUGAAACCUUAAAAGGAGAUUACACGGAUCUUAGUCAAUAUCGAGGAAAGGUUACACUUCUGGUCAAUGUUGCUACUUUCUGUGCCUACACUCAACAGUACACCGAUUUCAACCCCAUACUCGACAAAUAUCAAAAACAAGGCCUAGUCAUCGCCGCAUUUCCAUGCAAUCAGUUCUAUUUACAAGAACCUGCAGAGAAUCACGAAUUAUUGAAUGGCCUGACUCAUGUUCGUCCUGGAAACGGAUGAACUCCACAUCAGAAGCUUCAAAUUUUUGGAAAAAUCGAUGUGAACGGAGAGAAUCAACACCCGCUCUAUGAAUUUGUUAAGGAAUCCUGUCCACAAACUGUCGAGAAAAUCGGAAAGAGUGAGGAAUUGAUGUACAACCCGAUUCGAGCAUCUGAUAUCAUUUGGAACUUUGAGAAAUUCCUUAUCGAUAGAAAUGGAGUUCCGAGAUUCCGUUUCCAUCCAACUGCAUGGAGCCACGGAGAUGUUGUCAUUGAGAUGUUCAUUGAGCAAUUGCUCGCCGAGCCGGCAACUAAGGCCAGACCUCAAAGAAUCAGGAUUUAGAGUUGAUAGUUCUAAUUCGGGAUUAUUUUUAAAUGUGUAAUGAUUUUUAAAAAACGAUUGUUCUUCUUUUUUAAUACUUCGAAUUCUUGUACGAAUAAAUACAUUUUUGCA